UUACAGUCAGUGGUCAAGCUAGCCAGAGUAACCCGUUUAUUUGGUAGUUUUUGCUGGAAAAGGGGAGGCGGGAAAGAAGAGAGAUAUCAGUAGUUAUAACCUGCGCUAGCUUUCUAACUUGUAACAUACAGGCAGGUGGUAGUUGAGUAUGAUGUCGCGCGCUCAAAUAUAUCGCAGGCUUAUAUGCCGUCAACUUCGUUUAAACUGUACAGUCAAGACUUUCAGACAGUGAACGCUCACGACGAUCUAUAUGGCCAUAAUGAGGUAAUUGUUUUUUAUCAUUGGACGUGCGUAUGUGUUUGCGCUGUGUUGAUACAGGAGCCGACUGGGAAGAAGAGGUUGGGGGGAUGAUGGAUGGAUGGCCAGGACACGUGGGACAUGGGUGUUUACAUGAUGAGUUAUGUGUACUAUAUAUGUGUAUGUGUACGCUGAUACAGAGAUCAAUCUAUAAGCGACUACUGCUGGAUUUUGGUGAUGGAUGUGCCGAGACAACGAUUAGCGAUAUUCAAUCAUUCAACGGCAAUACAGCAACAAGUCCAUCCAUGAUGUCCCAACCGUCUAUUGCGCUUAUUCAGCGUGGUGGGCGGUGCACUCUUUGGUCCGACAAGAUCGACCAUACACAAGCCAUCUCGGAACAAUAUGAUCUCAACGUUGGUGCUGCGUUAUUGUAUGACAACAUGACCUAUUCGUCCACGGAGUUCGUGCAACUCGAUACAGAAAACGGUUCUUAUCCAACAUGGACAAACGAGUCGCUGCCUUCGGAACGUAACAUACAUCAGAUGGCUGAUAACGACAUCAGCCCGUCAGCAGACACCGUUUUCAUGGCGGUUUUUUUUGCGCCUAACAAUUACGGCCGUGUUUUGCAGGAUAUGAUCCAAAAUUACACCAGCACCCCUACCAGCUCAAUGCAGCAGUACUACGUCCAGCUCACCAUGUUCUUUGCCGAGACCACGUUCUCUACGGGUGGUCAAGCAGAUGGGGAUGGCAGUGGUAGCAAUGGUGGUGACGAUGGACGUAGCGACAUGUGGACCGUUUUUACUGGCGAGCGCGGGUACCUUGCUUACCUGAUUGCAGCAGGUGCUGCGCUGAUUUUAGGUAAACAAGAAGAAGAAAAAAAAAGAAAGUGUGGUGCUUCUACGAUGGUGCCGCUCCCCUCGCAACGAUGAAAGCUACCCACCACGUAAUGCAUUAGAAGCGGCAGAGAACGGUAUUUAUAUGCAGCCCACAGGUCAAGCAGGAGCGACAGCAGGAGAUCGACGACGUAAGAUGUCCUUGACCAAGUUGAAUGAUAUGUGCCCUGUACAAUCACUGGUCACCGAC